AAACAAAACAGUAAUAUGAUGGUCAUAUCAUUUUUAACAACUUUUAUAGGAAGAUAUGGUCUUUAUCUUGAAAGGUUUGCUCAAAAACCUAUCAUACAACGAAACUACCGGCGAAGACGAUCUUACUAAGUGGUUACGUCGAGAGGCUGUAAGAUGGGCUUGUAUUUUUGGUUGUACAGAGUGUCAAGAAAUUGCAAAUGCUAGAUUGAAGGAACACCUAAAAGAUCCCAGAAAUUACAAACUUUCGCCGGAAUGGAGAGAAUGGACGUACUGUAAAGGUGCGAUGAAAGCAGAUGCCAAAGUUUUUCUGAAAUUGAUUGGCUUCCAGCUAAGUGUCAAUAUAAAUGAAUAUAAAGUUUUUGAUUAUAUUUCAUGCGCUGAAAGACCCCGUUUUGCUACCAACAUGGUUUAUUAUUCAUCUCGUAAUCAAAAAGAUAGCUAUUCCACACUUUUCCAUUAUGCCAUCUUUGUUGAUCAUGUAGUGGAACAUGUAGACCAUGGUAUCAUAGGAAAUAUGGAGGAGUACAAGUAAUAAAAUUAGUUUUAUAAAUGGCUCUUCCAAAAGUAUUCUUUAGUAGUAUAGUUUAAUUACGAAUUAAUUAUUUCAUUCUUUUUGCAGUGCUUCUGCUUGCGUUAAAAAUA